CGCCCCGCAUACAUACCCGCAUCUCAGCAGCCAUGAGCGGCAUGGCAUCGACGCCGAGCCUCGACGGCGCCGCAGCGGCGCUGCUGUACGAGGCGCAGCAGCAGCAGCAGCAGCAGCAGCAGCAGCAGCACACGGCCGCCGCCGCCGCCGGACUCAGCGACGACCCCGAGGAGGAGGCGCGCGCCGAGGCAAAGGCGGCCAAGCGUGCGGCCAAGGAGGCGCGCCGGGCCAUGCGCGCGGCCCAGGCGGGCGAGGCAGGCGAGGCUCCCAUGGCGCCGCCGCCGUCGGCAAAGACGCUCGAGAAGGCGGCGCGCAAGGCUGCCCGGCAUGCCGAACGCGUGGCGCGCAAGGAGGAGAAGGCCCAUGCCAAGCUGGCACGGCGGCAGCAAGAGCAGGAGCAGGAGCAGCUGCAGCACGAGCAGCUGCAGCACGAGCAGCAGGAGCUGCAGGAGCACGAUCAGCAGCAGCAGCAGCUCGACGAGCAGCAGGCACAGCAGUACGCCGAGCUCGAGGCGGCGGCCGCUGCUGGCCAUCCCGGCGAGCUGCUCGAGCACAUGCACCACGACGAGGACGACGACGAGGCCAAGCGUCUCAAGAUGGAGCAGGAGCAGCAGCUCAACGAGGAGCAGAUGCAUGCCGCCGACGUCGCUGCUGCCGCGGCAGCCAGCGCGCCGCAGCACGGCGCCUUCCCGCCGGCCUUCUUCCCGGACGCCACGGUCGCCACGCACGAGGGCGAGGAGCUGGCGGAGCAGCACCAGAUGGCAGAGGCGCCUCUCGAGGUGCCACAAGUCCCUGCGCCGCAGCGUGCGGCGCUGCGCAACCCCUUCCUGGCGCGCGCCGCUGCCGCUGCCGCGCCGCCGCAGCCCGUGGCGCCGGCGCUGGGCCUCGAUGCCUCGCAGUUCCCGCCCGGCUUCGACUUUGCCGCCAUGGCGAGCUACCUGGCGCGCUCGGCGAACAGCCAUCAGGCGCCGCAGGCCGUGCCUGGUCCCUCGUCCGAGAGCGCCGGCGCCGUCGAGGCAGCCAGUGCCAGCCAGGCCAGCCUGCUGCAGGCCAUCGCCGACAUUACCUCUGCUCCCAACUACCUUCCUCCUCCUCCGCCGCCCCCCGCACCCGCCCGGCGUCCCAUGCCCGGCGACGGCGAGGCGCCGCGUGCCGUGCGCCCGUCGGGCAAGCGCAGCAGCGUGCUCAUCCGUGCCUCCAAGGAGGCCACCAUCGAGGAUGCCGCAGGCCUCACGCACGAGGCCAUGCUGUGCGAGAAGCUCUACGAGCCGCAGCAACUCAAGUGGCUGCGCGAGGCGUACGGCCUCACGUGGAAGACGGGACGCUACAGCAAGACGGAGGACGACGCGCUCGACGAGGCCAUCGAGGUGUUCAAGGCGACGCACAACAUGACUGCCGAGGACAUGCAGUCGUUCCUCUCCAGUCGCCGCGCCGACCAGGCCGAGCUCUACACCGACUUCUUCCUGCAGCUUGGCCGCAAGCUGGGCGACCGCCCGCAGCGCAACCUGCGCACGCAUGUCAUCCAGCGCUUCCAUCCCGAUGCCGGCGGCGGACCGUGGACGGAGGAGGAGACGGCCAAUCUGAUGAACGCCGUCGAGGAGCACGGCCGCGUGUGGACGAAGAUCGGCAAGAUUGUCGGGCGCGUGCCGCGCGACUGCAAGGUCAAGUGGGAGCGCGAGACGGUGCCGGGCGGUGCCGGGCGCAACAAGGGCAUGUGGAGCAAGGAGGAGGUGACGAAGCUGCGCGAGGCAGUCAUGGCUGCAGCAGAAGAGCACAACCUCGACCCGCAUGGCACUGGCCUGCCGUGGAACCAGAUCUCGGCCGUCGUCGGCACGCGCACGGCACUGCAGUGCAUGAAGAGCUGGAACAUUGCCAGCGCUGCAGAGCGCCGCAUGGCUGCCGGCGUGCACCCCAACUGGAUGGGCGAUCGCGACAACUACGCGCUGCUGAAGCGCCUCUACAAGCAGGAGGACGCAAUGCGCCUCGACGACGAGACGGCCGUGCGCUGGGCCGAGGUGGCCGACGACGAGUUCAUCUGGGACUCGCUCAGCAUGCAGCGCUACUACCGCUACCUGCGCGAGAAGUACGUCGACACGUGCGACCCGCCGCCGCAGGGCUUCAAGGGUGAGUCGCAGGCAUUGCAGAGGCGCGCCGUCGCAGAGCCAUGCAGCUGAGACGCAUGCUUGGCAGCCACGCUCGACACCAUCUGGCCCGUCGUGGAGCGCAAGCAUCAAGAGUGGGUCGCCUCGGGCAGCCAGGUGCACGACCUCGAUGCCAGUCGCAAGCGUCAAAAGCGCCUCGUCGAUGCGCGCCA